UCACUUCCUGGCGGGAUUUCCAUCUGAAAACAGACGUAAACAAAACAAGUGACCGAUUUAUAUAACGGCGUUAAUAACACAGUUCAACAAUUGACUCGUGUGCUAUUUUUUGGUCGACCUAUGCUUCGUAUGUGACAUGCGCGGAAAGCAUUUGUAAAGUUAUUGUCAACAUUUUACUAAACAGUAACUAGAAAGUGUAACUGUCAGAGAGGAGGAGGUUUAUGUCGUCAGAAUAACGUUUAAUUUUAAUUUACCGGCAACGUUAACCUCAAUUAAACAAGGCACCUUCACUGUUUUUGUGAUGGACCCAUCUGACAACGUGGGGAACCUCAACCACAUGGUGGAGGCUGUGGCACUGACUCCUGCUCCUGACUGCUCCACUGCACAGAAAGAUACCUCACCUGCAGACAUGCUGAGAAUAAAACAACAGAUGUCCAACCAGUGCUUUGAGAUUGCAGUACAGCUCCAAGCAGGAAAAAGUAAGCGAUCAUGCAGCACAUCUGAAGCUGAGAGAGACUUGUCAGGUUAUGUCAAUGAGCUGGAAAGAGUCAAGACGAAUAAUUUUAACAGCACAUUGACACUACACAGAAUGCAGAUGUGGCACGCUAUCGGAGAAAAACUGAAACAGAAUAAUUCAGAGGCAGUUGCCCUGAAAGCUGUGAGUGAUCGCUGCAUGGCUCUUUGUUCACAAAUAAAACUACUUCAGCAGGAGUCGAGAGAUCUUCAAGCUGAAAUCACAGAAAUACAGAAGAAGAGGCUUGAGAUGAAGCGGCUCACACAUGAGAAAAUGAAAGCGAUGGAAGACUUGAUGUCAAAGAAAGAGCUCCCAGAUACAGAGAAGUACAAAGCUGCGUUGGAGAAAGGCCAGGCGAACUUGGAAAAAUACAAAACGAUGACCGUCAUGACACAGAACGUCCUCAGGGGCAUCCUCUUGGCCUGUAAAGUCAACUGGUUGGAUGAUCCCAAACUUCGAAACAUUGCCAUGACGCUGGAGGAAUUUCCCAUCUCUGACUAGGCGGUUAAAUAAUUGUUCUUGUAUGUAUAUGUCUGUAUUGUAUUGUCAAAUAAAUAAUCAAUAAAACAG